AUGUUGGGGAUGUCAAUGGCGGACAAGGUGGUCGAUUCGGAGUUGUUCCUCGCUGGCAGAGAGCGACAAGUAGAAGGUGAGAUUCUGGGCCGGCAAGAUGGUGACGCGCGAAAGCUCUUCCCCACCUACACGCAUGCUUCGCCUGCUGCGACCGGCGAGGUCAGCAUCAACGGCAAGGUCUUGCAGCUUUGGACUUUCUCACAGCUGGAGACGCUGAAUCAAUCUGCUUUGCGGAAGCGAGCACUGGCGAUUCGAGAUGCGAUCGGAGAGGCUGCAUGCCCAUCUCUGCCGUCUGGUCGAUGCGAUGACCUCACCCGCUGGAUACUGCAGAUGCAGGAGCAACUGACCAACGAGAAGCCAGAGCAGGGCCGAUCCGGAGGCUAUGGCACGGGGCAUUUCGUGCCACGCUCUUUCGCACAAGAGACGAAGGAGAUGGAACAGAGACAGAAAGUAGCGGGGGACCUGCCAACAAGCAGGUCCGUGGCCGAGGAAGUGAAUGCCUGUCGGGACAACUACAAGGACCUCAAGAUGCAGCAGAACGAUUUCAAGGAGGAUCCAAGGCUCGGCAUUCAGACGGGCCGUGCGGGAGGCGAGGGAAAAAGGCACCUCUUUCCCAAGCAGAACAUGGUGACGCACGGUGUCUCUGCUGCCGAGCCACAGGGCAUUGCUUCUCUGCGGCCCACACCUGAAGGACGCAGGUAUAUUCCGACAGUCGACAACCUCAUGGAGCAGAAGAGGGAGAACGAGGCUCGCGAAAGAGCCUUGAUGGCGGGUGGAGCCGCUGGGCCAGCGCCGGUGAACAGGCCAGCGAACCACAUCAGUGAAGAUCACAUGGCACAUUUCGGCUGCACCAAUGAAGACGAGCCAUCGCUCGGCGGCCGCCGGCACGCCAACAAGCCGCGGGACCAUUUCAUCGGGGCCGGUACUUGGGAAACCACAGAGGCUGUGCAUGGCAAGAAGUACAUCGAUGGCUAUCAGAAGAUGGACAAUCAUGCAGGACGCCAAGAUACCUACCGCACGUCUUGGAGAAAGAAUCCGACAAAGCUCCUGGGCAGCUCCAUGUUGGUGUGA